AGAGUGCCUCUGAUGUUUCACACCAUCAUUUUUCCUUUUUUACUGUGUGGUAACAUCCCUACAGGUUAUAUCUAAAACCCAGGGCUGUUGUUGUUGUACAGUUUCCACGGCUGCAGAUGGCUCUGUGUUUCUAUUGGUCAAAGGCUGUGACGGGAGAGGUUGCGAGAGACAAAAAGAAAAUCAGACAUGCUAGACUUUGUGUCAGGAUGUCGUGAGGCAUCCCAGACAUUGUUGUCUACUACACAAGAUGAAACGAUGGAUUAUUGUGUAUGACACUCGUUGUCGUUCAAGAUCCGAGCCGACACCAUACGUUGCUGCGUCGGGCUGUAAUCGGGCUGAUAUCAUGUAGUGUGAACCAGGCGUAAGUCAUUUUUUGGGAUCUUCUGACAUGGUUGGCUGCUGCUUUGUAAUACGUUUUUUUUUUGUUGGCACUCUGAGCACCACAAGCCGAGGGGCCAUCUUGUUCCAUCACGUUGGAGAGAUGACAGACAUCCCUACAGCUGAUAUCUCCAACACUCGGCAACUCGCACCAAAAACAUCUAGACUAAUAAACACCACAGCUGAGGUCUUCCUCUGACCCCCUGCAGCAACAUGAACACACCGACCUCCAUCUUCAUUGUCCUGCUGUCUCUCCUCGUCCUCCUCCUCGUGUCCUCGGGUGAGACAGGAAGUCGAUGGACGGAUGAAACAGAGAGAAAGUCAGAGGACAGCAGAGAGCUGCUGCUCGUCCUUCAGAACGUUCUGGAGAAACUUCAGAACAGGAAGUCGUCGAAUUUGAACAGAAGACAGAGCCGCCUGCCGACCUGUGAGGCCAGGGCUUCCUGCUCGGUGAAGAAAGGUCCUCGCUUCGGUCAGCUGUGCGACUGUCCGCCAGGCUCCAAGUGUCACCUCUUCUUCCUCAGGUGUUUGUGACCUUCAUCACAUCAGAGCAUCACCAUCAUCCUCAUCAUCCUCCGUGUCUUAACUCCUCCAGAGUCUCUUCAUCAUGUAGUUUUUUGUUUUCAAUCCAGAAACACUGGAUAUACUACAUUUCCCAUGAUGCACCUGGAGUGUCUUUCAUUGGAGCCUAACACAUACUGAAAUGCUGCAAUCUGUUGUACUUGCAACUCAGAAAAAAACAGGAACUGUCAGUGAAUUUGGAAAUUUGAGCUCGAGUUCGUCGACAUAAACACACCUAAUGUCACAGCACCCGUUUACACAACAUUGAGCUGUUAUACGUUACUUUAAAGGUCCAGUGUGUUGGAUUUAAGGGGAUAUAUUGGCAGAGGAAGAGACCUCUGUGGAUAAUUUGGCUCCUGGUAAAACCCUCCUGAACAAUGAACACUGACUGGAAUUCUAACUGGAAGUUUCAGCUGGUUGCAAUCUGCAGUCCUCACCACUAGAUGCCACUAAAUCCCCCUAAAUCGUACACACUGCUCCUUCAGUGAGAAGACACGAACAAGACAGCUGACUUAUCAUGUAUGCCGUUUCGUUUUUGCUCUUGGCGUUGCGGUGAUUGAUGUCGGUCCUCUGUAGAUGCUUGUGAAGCUCAGAGACUUGACAUACAAAGGCGUCUACGCUUCCCCGAGCAGACGCGCUGUGACGCAUUUAUAUCGGAUAUUGGAAACUCCAACUUGGAAUUAUGGACUUCC